GUCACGUGGGAGGGUGGGCGUGUCUAGUUCCCGGAAGAGCGGAGAGAGUUUGGAGGAUGACUAUUCACAACCUGUACAUAUUUGACCGGAAUGGCAUCUGUCUACACUACAGCGAGUGGAACCGCCGCAAACAGGCCGGCAUAUCCAAAGAUGAGGAGUACAAGCUCAUGUACGGCAUGCUGUUUUCUAUACGCUCAUUUGUCAGUAAAAUGAGUCCGGUGGACAUGAAAGACGGCUUCCUCUCCUUCCAGACCAGCAAGUACAAGCUGCACUACUACGAGACGCCGAGCGGUCUAAAGAUGGUGAUGAACACAGAUCUGAGUGUAAUUAACGCGCGGGAUGUCCUGCACCAGAUCUACAGCACGAUUUACGUGGAAUAUGUGGUGAAAAAUUCCCUGUGUUCUCUCAACGAGCCAAUCCAAAGUGAACUUUUCAAGAGCAAACUAGACACGUUCGUCCGCAGCCUGCCGUACUUCUCUGCCCGCGCUGGUUAGGGAUGAUCGUUAUUUUCCUUCUACCCAAUCGCUUCCUCCGACACAUAGGGUCUGAUCUGCAGGACGUGGGUCUGUCAGAAAUCCUGAAGCAUGUCAGCUCUUGAAGAACUACAGCUCCCAGCAUGCCACAUCAGGCUUUUUUUAGGAGCUGUCAUUCCUCAUCUGUCGAUGGAUUUGAAGGGUCUCUGCCUGUUUCCUCCAUUAUACUGAAUACUUUCUGUAUGUCUGUUCCUAAUUCACAUUUUACAAGACUCCCUUCAACUAUUACAUCCAAGGGAGGAUCAAGAUGGAAGGAACUGAGCACCUUUACACCUAGAGAAGCACCUUGAGCGCUCUGCAAAACUGCCACUGGCCCCUAAAGUUCUGAGCACCCUAAUUGUCCAGAACUUCCUUAUAGUGUAGAAGGUUGCUGCGCAUCCUCCUGCCUGCCCCGUUUCCCCAUUGGUCAAUAUGAACAGCCUUAUUGACCAAUAAGAAGGCACAGCAGGCAUUAAAGCGGAGUUCCACCUAAAAAUGGAACUUCCGCUUAACCCACUCCUCGCCCCCUUACAUGCCACAUUUGG